CAGCCAGGAGUUUGAUGGAAGGAGUCAUGCUUUCUCUCGAGUUUUAGUUUUUUGGUCAUGGCUAAACAGUACGACAUUUUGUUCAGGCUGCUCAUGCUCGGAGACUCGGGAGUGGGAAAGACUUGCAUGUUGCGCCGCUUCACGGAAAGUGAAUUUGAUCCCUCACAUAUUUCCACCAUCGGAGUUGAUUUUAAAAUGAAAACAUUAGAAAUAGACGGAGUCAAGGUGCGUGUACAGAUAUGGGACACGGCCGGUCAGGAGCGUUAUCAGACCAUUACCAAACAGUACUACAGACGGGCUCAGGGCAUCAUCUUCGUAUACGACAUCACAAACGAGCCGUCCUUUCAGCACAUAGCGAAGUGGGCCAGUGAUGUGGAUGAGUAUGCCCCAGACAAAGUGCAGAGGAUCUUGGUAGGAAACAAGUCAGAUGAGGAGCUUGGGAGGCAGGUGACAAAGGACCAAGGAAUCAAGCUUGCAGAAACCUAUGAGAUGGAGUUCUUCGAAACCAGUGCUUCCACCAGCAGUAACAUCAGUGAGUCAUUCACUCGUCUAACUGAACUGGUGCUUCAGGCUCAUAAGAGAGACGUGGACAGCCUGCUGGGAUCCCUGGAUGAUUAUCUAGAAAAGGCUGCAUUGGAGGAGGAGAAGGGGAGUCGAGAUAGCGACAACAACAUUCAGAGGGGUUGUGCCUGUUAGCGAAAGGUGCCAUGGCUGAGACCUUAAGACACCCGUUCCCCUCUGUGACUUGACUCAGCCUUUGUCUGCCUUUUCAUAGGCACUGUAACAGGAUGGCACUUGAUUGGUUUCACUUUUUGUAAGUCAGUAAAGUUACACCUUGGUAAAUGCAGUUAGCUGCAGCUACCAGCAGAGGGCCCUUUUGCUGCAUGAGCAUGCUGCACGAAGGUAAACUCUGUGUCCAUUUGCUCCAGCAAAUCUAUCAAUACGCAUGCUCACUUCAUUUUCCUUGGAGAAAUUCAGUUUUACACUAAACAUCCACUUCAUCACUAUACUCUGUUUUUGUGCUUUUGCUUUUCUGUUGCUUUUUAUUUGAUUUGCAGGCUACAUGUCGACAAAUUGUCUGAUAACACUGGAUUUCAUGUCAAAGAAAUCUGUUUAUUAAGUUGAGCAUAGAUGCUACAACAAGGUGGACGGGGGACAGAGUUGAAUUAUUUACACCUCGAAACUCAAACCAAGCGGAGAUGGAUUCUUUUACAUGAUGAACGUAUUUCCUCAAGGGAGACAUUGUGCCAUGUUCAGUGACUUUUCAAAAUGCAGAACAUGUUUAUUUACCAUCUUAAAUCUAUAUGUACAGUUUGUUCCAUGACUGUGACUGGCAUUGCCUACUGUAAGUUGAGUAUUGAAGCAUUGUUAUUGCUGCUUAAUAUAAUGUUUUCAGGGUCUGAUUAGGUGCCACAGCCAUUGUAAUUUUAGUAUAAUUUUAACACUCAAGAAUGAUGUGAAAUAAACAAAUAAUGUGCAGUGUUU